UCUGAUAAGAGUAACAAUUCAAAUUCUUUGCUUGCAUUUUACGAUUUAAAAUUCUAAUGCAAUUGAGUAAUUAACUAUUAAAGUAAAAAAUCCUUUUCUUAAAUUUUAUUUUAAAUUUAAAAAUGAAGCAAUUAACUGAUGAACGAAUGAAAAUAUUUUUUGAAAAACUAUCGAAAUACAUAGGCCAAAAUAUAAAACUAUUAAUUGAUCGUUCAGAUGGAAAGUAUUGUUUUCGUGAAAAGAAAGAUAGGGUUUAUUAUGUAUCUGAAAAAGUAUUGAAUAUGGGAUCUAUGAUGAAUCCUGAUAACAUAAUUAGUAUUGGCACAUGUUUUGGAAAAUUUACAAAAUCUGGAAAAUUUCGAAUACACAUAACUUCUUUAGAUUAUCUUGCUCCAUAUGCUCAGCACAAAAUGUGGAUUAAACCUGCAGCUGAACAACAGUUUCUAUAUGGUCAUAAUAUAUUAAAGUCUGGUCUCGGACGAAUUACAGAAAGUACAACCCAAUAUCAAGGAGUAAUUGUAUUUUCAAUGAGUGAUGUGCCUUUGGGUUUUGGUGUUGCUGCUAAAAGUACUACAGAGUGUAAACAUACAGAUCCACUCUCUGUUGUAUGUUUUAAUCAAGCUGAUAUUGGCGAAUUUAUUCGAUGUGAAGAUGAUUUAAUAUAAUAGAUUAAUUAAUAUAAUUAUUUUUUUAACACAAA